UAUUUGAAAAAGGAACCGGUCUGGAAUUCUCUCUCUCACUGAAAGAGUCUGAAUAGCAUCUUAACGUUUUGCAAAUUAAUAUUGUAUGUGUCUGUACCACCCUGAUCAUAUCAGCAUCAAUUAUAGCGGUCGACACAUUACCGUCAUGAGCGUUUUAAAAAUUGAGCGUCUUCAAAGCGUCUCAGAUUAGCGUCGCAACUUCACAACGAUGUCGCUGUAUUUUCAAUUUUCGGGAAUCGGGAGUUUGUUUUAUGCGAUUCCGUUUUUUCUCGUGGCAUUCAUUUGCAAUGCGGUAACGGUUCAAAACGGUGGAGAUGAAAUACCAUUUUGCCUCGUCAUAAAACCAGACCACAGGAGCUUUCAGGUGAGUUUCCUGAUCAAAUCACUGGACGCUUCAGCAUCUCUUCUCUAUUACUGGAGUCAAUGGACGUCGGAGCGACGCGUUGAAAACUGUUUCACGAUCAAUGACGGGACUUUAAUAGAAAGGUAUUUGUCCCUCUGCGAUCGUUUGGACAACACAGAAAAGUUACUUCACUUCAACUUAAGCGUGCUAUUGGAGGAUGAAAGCCUUUGUGAAAUUAAAAGGAGUCCCCUUGACGGGUUCACUUUGCAGAAAGAUGUAAAGCAGCUAGAUUCAAGUGCAAAAAAUCGCCAGAAACGCGCAUGGGUUUUACCGGGGACGCUUUGGUGUGGCAGAGGCACCAGCGCCAACAACUACGAACAGCUGGGUAUGUUUGAACAUGCAGAUAGAUGCUGUCGAGAGCACGAUCAUUGUGAGCACAUCAUACGCUCCUUCUCUGUAAACUUCGGUGUCUUCAACCCCACCCUCUUCACCAUCUCCCAUUGUGAUUGCGACCACAGAUUUAAACAGUGUCUUCACAGUGGCAAUGACACCAUCUCCAACAUGGUCGGCUACAGUUUCUUCAACGUUCUUAAACUUCGCUGCUUUGAGUUGGCUCAACGAAAACGAUGCAUCCAGUUUAAUUGGUUUGGAAUGUGCACAAUGUUACAAUUAGCACCUGUGGCAGUGCUGAAAGAUUCCACGCCGUACAAUUCUACCAAUCUAACUCAUGAGAACAGUGACCUCACUGACCUGUCAUGCAAUGAAGUGCCAAUCAAAUCAUCACCUAAUGGCAAACUAACAAUGUCUAAUUCUAAACAGAUCAGGAUGCCUCAGGACAAGAAAGAUUGUGAUCCAGUAGACCAUCUCAGAGUAGACACUUUUCAGCUAAGUAAAAAUUUAGUGAACCAAUAUGACAAUCGGAAGAAACUUAAAACAUCGGGACCUCGAAAAGGACGAAAAAAGUCACUGACAAGCUCGUUCAUGACCUUAACCCCUUCUCCCCAAAGGGACAGAGUGAAGAAAAGAACAUUUAAAAAGUACAAUGUGGAAACUAUUCUUCAAAGCACCCCAAGGAAACUCAAAGCUAGUGUAACUGGUUCACCUUCAACCACAUCUGACACUAAAUUCCUGUUGGGUCAAAAGACAGUGAACACUCAGGCAAAACAAAUGUCAGCUAAAUCAAGAGCAAAGACCUUUCGAAUAAAGAAAAAAAAGAGAAAAGCUCAAUCGAAAGUAAGAUCCAGAAAGCCAUCACGGUCCGUUUCAACCUCCAAGAGGAUUUGACUACCAGGAGAAACAUCACAGAAGAAAGGAUUCAUAAGCUUACAUUUCAAGACAUGGCAUUUCUCAUUGUUGGAUCAAAAGACAAUUUUGAAAACUAUGAGAAAAUAUUGUUGAAAUUGUGUAAAGAAUGUCUUAUUUAUCUUGGGAUGUCCUUGUAUAAGGAAUCUUGUCCGUGCACAUACCCUUUAAGAGGGUCACUUUAGACAAUGCUUGUUGACCAGGGAUACAAAUAAAA